GUGAUUACACCCUGUUGGUUGCUCAUGGCGGCCAUGCUCCCGAAACGCACCCGCUGUAUGGGAGUGAGCUUGCAAGCAUCUACCUUGAAGCAGCUUUCUUGCAGUAUGGAAGUCGGUAUGCGAGCACCUACCUUACCUUACCUUACUUAGAUUGGUACCUAGCUAUUUGGCUGUUAUUCGAAUCCCGUAUAUUUGUGCCCGUUCUGGACCGGACCGAUUAAGUAAUCAUGCUGAGCAUUCCUGACGAGUUGAAGAUCAUCGAGCAGAGCUCGUCAGAAGAGGAGCGCCAGUCACGGGUGCAGCAGCUUCAGGCACGACUCAGGGAAGAGGAUAUGCGCAGGAAGCUGCGUAACGUGAAGCUGAUUAGCAGCGUGGAGCGGCUGGGCGAGCGAGCCGGCGCACUCAGACAGCUUACCGAUCGACUCACGCUCAUCAAGCGGCAGUACGAGGUGCUGUCAACCCACCUGUCGGAGGAGGCGCCUGUCGACCAAUCACAGCACGGCGACGCCGUCACACCACUGCGUGCCAGUCAAUCAGGAAUGCCCGUUGCCGAGACCGUGUUUCGCCAGUCCCGAGUCAACCUGGGGAUGGCCACUGGAGGCGGGGACGUGGCUGAGGCCGCCACUGCGGUCCUGGCGGGCUACCAGGACCCCAGGCUUUCGGCGGCCGACGGCGGCUGGCAGCCGGACCGGGACAGCCUGGGCCGCUCGGUGCAGGGCCGGGCGGCGCUGCUUCGGGCGCGGAUGGCCACCGCGCUCCCGGGGCGGCCUCCGCCGCUGCCGCAGCCGCACGCUGGCGCCGCGGACUGGACCACGGGCCGGUCAGCGCCGCCGAGCCGGCCGGCCUCGACCGGGCCGGUGUGCGACGACGGCACGUGGCAGCCGGAUGAGGGCAAAUGGCACCCUCUCCAUCCGCCGAUGGUGAGGAUGCCACUCUGGGUGUUCGCGCUUGGCAGCUGA